CCGAAGCCUUUUUUAUUUGGAAUUUCGCUUGGUCGGUGGGUGUUUUUAAUCGACAACAAGGAACACAUAACUUAUUUGACAUGGCCGCAGCAUCACGUUUCAGGCUGGCACUAGUCCAGCUAUCAGUAUGUGCAAACAAACAGGAAAAUCUCUUGCGGGCUGCUCGCAUGGUCAAAGAAGCCACUGCUGGAGGUGCUCAGAUGGUUGCACUGCCAGAGUGCUUCAACUCACCAUAUGGAACUCAAUAUUUCGGAGAAUAUGCCGAGAGCGUGCCUGAUGGACCAUCGUGCAAAGCCCUGUCUGAGAUGGCACGUGACAACAGCGUGCACCUGGUGGGUGGAUCCAUACCGGAGCGAGCGGGGGAGACACUGUACAACACCGCCACGGUCUGGGCGCCAGAUGGCAGCCUGGUCGCCAAACACCGCAAGGUGCAUCUGUUCGAUAUCGACAUCCCGGGCAAGAUCCGGUUCCAGGAGUCUGAGACGCUGACGGCGGGCGCGUCUCUGACCACCUUUAGCACGCCCUGGUGCCGGGUCGGCCUGGGCAUCUGCUACGACCUGCGCUUCAGUGACAUGGCCACUCUCUACGCCAGACAGGGCUGUGACCUGCUGUUGUACCCUGGAGCGUUCAACAUGACCACGGGACCGGCGCACUGGGAACUGCUGGCCAGAGCCCGCUCCGUCGAUAACCAGGUGUACACCGCGCUGGUGUCGCCAGCGAGGGACACGACCGCCUCGUAUGUGGCCUGGGGGCACUCGCUCGUGGCCUCGCCCUGGGGAGAGGUGGUGGCCUCCACCGAGGCGGACGAAACCGUCAUCUACGCCGAUAUAGAUCUGGAGGAACUGAAGCGAAUCAGAGAGAACAUCCCUCUAGGAAAGCAGCGCCGACUCGACCUGUAUGACACAGUGCAGAAGGUCUAGCUACCUGAGGGAACCCGAGCAACCAGAAGGCAAGCAUGGGGUCGGCAAAGGCAUAAGUACCGCGGGGUGGUACACAAAAGGCGGGUCAGCACACAGGACUCUGCGCCAAACGGCGCACCACUGGGUACUCACCCCUCGCCGGUGAGCGCGCAGCACGCCUGUAUCCGCCAGUGGUGGCGCUUCAGUGAGGUGAGGUUCAGCUCGCGGCUUAUGUCCGCGGACGACAGGGCCGACUUCACGUCCUGGAACGGGGAGUCAGCGUCUGUGUCAGUGCCAACGUCAGUGGCAGUGACAGUAGCAGUGCCGGGCUGGGAGGGUUCGAUAUCGGUGUGUACAAGUUGGACGGGUGACAUGUGCAUGGAUCCGAGAAAAUGGAUCUGGGAUCUGAUCCCACGAAUCCUGAUCUCGAAUCCGACGGGAUCAUAGAUCCAGCUCUCUAAUUUAUCGAGGGAUCCGUAGGGAUCACAGAUCAGUCUCAUCUUUUGUUUGAGAUUCAGUGAGAUCAUAGAUCCUCAAUUAUUUUUUUGUCAGCACAGAAAUCCCCCAAAACACUUGUUGCAACUCACAAACGUUCUGUUUUAGUGAUUUUAUGUGAUUGCACGUCAUAAUCCAUAGUUUUGUGGCACUUGUUGACAUAGAAACCCUUUAAAACAUGGUUUCAAAUGGGAUCCACUCAGAUCAUACUCGUAGAUCCAUGUUCAUGGUUUAUCGUCAGAUCGUUUGAGAUCACAGAUCCAAGAUAAAUUUGUCACGCCAGAUCCGAUGGGAUCAUAGAUCCUAACCUGCAGUUUGCUUCGAGAUCCACUGAUAUCAUAGAUCGAUCGCUCGGAUCCAUGCACAUGUCUGCAUGGCAGGAUGUGUUGGAUGCACUGUAAUGCCGCGGUGGGGUAAAUGUCAGUUGGCAAUUAGGAUGAGUGCAGUUUGAAAGUUCGGCUCUAGUAGUUCUUGACGCUGAUAUAUGACGUGGAAAUGAAAUCCAAAUCGUGGGAUGACGAUUGUAACAAACUUAAGUAGCACAUUAUCAAACUAGUCAUCCUCGUGACGAGUACCUAGUAGAUAACAGAGGACAUAUCAACGGACGUUCCAUGUGAAUUUAGGAGGACGACGCCACUAGAGCUGUAAUAAAUCACCCUCAACAUCACUUUUAACGAUGCAUUAACGCUCUGUCACGCAAGCUCCGGCUGCUGCACCCAUUCGAAGCCAUAGCUUCAGCGAAACCAUGGCGCUGCAUAUCCAAGAUCAAUGGAUCUUGGAUGGGAUCCAAUGAUAUACGCGUAUGACAUGGCAUGACAUGGAUAGCAUGGCAUGGUAUGGAAGAAUACUCACCUGUUUGUUCGCAAGCACCAACAGCGAGGCCUUGGCGAGCUCGUCGUGCGCCAGGAUCUUGCAGAGCUCCUCCUUGACCACGGGCAGUCGAUCCUGGUCCGUCGAGUCCACCACCAGGAUUAUGAACUGGCGAGAAAAGGAAAACGUCAGAUGUCUGUUCGGUGAUUUAAUUACUGGUUCAUUGGCAGGUACAUACAAAGCCGGAACCCAAGUGGUAAAGUCUUGCAGUUCAACGUGGUGUUGUAAAGUGGCUCAGGGAAUUCAGUACCCCGCGCAAACGACAUGGCUGCACGCGAAGUGCGGUGAAAACCUGCAGCCGUAUUGCAGAUUUUCAUUCGCGACAACAUAACUUGGUGUUAUCGGCUGUCUAGUGUCUAUGUAUGAUACAGGGCUUGAUCGUGUAGUAGUUUACAUACCUACUUUCUUUUCUUUUACCAUGUGACUGGUACUCAUAAUAAAAAACUUUUCCAUUACA